AUGGUCAUGUGUUCUUCAAUCCCAUAUCCCACACCCUCAAUCCCGUAUUUUCUGCUGAAUUAUCCUAAAUUUGUCUGGGUUUCACAUUUUGCAACUUUUUGCACCAUUCUGAGAGGAAAGAAAAUGACUACUCCAACAAGAAUUGGCCUUGCUGGUCUUGCUGUGAUGGGACAAAAUCUUGCCCUUAACAUAUCUGAGAAAGGAUUCCCAAUUUCUAUUUACAACCGAACCACUUCAAAAGUUGAUGAGACCGUAGAAAGAGCUAAAUUGGAAGGCAACCUUCCAGUGUAUGGCUUCCAUGAUCCUGAGUCCUUCGUUCAAUCAAUCCAAAAACCACGUGUCAUAAUUAUGCUUGUUAAGGCUGGUGCCCCUGUUGAUCAGACCAUCAAAACCCUUUCUGUUUACAUGGAAAAAGGAGACUGCAUUAUCGAUGGUGGUAACGAGUGGUAUGAGAACACUGAGAGGAGAGAGAAGCAAAUGACUGAAUUAGGUCUGCUUUAUCUUGGAAUGGGAGUUUCUGGUGGUGAAGAGGGUGCUCGUCAUGGACCCUCUUUGAUGCCUGGAGGUUCGUUUGAAGCUUACAAGUACAUCGAAGAUAUUCUUCUUAAGGUGGCUGCACAAGUUCCUGCUAGCGGCCCCUGUGUUACGUACAUUGGCAAAGGAGGAUCAGGUAACUUCGUUAAGAUGAUUCAUAAUGGGAUUGAAUAUGGUGAUAUGCAGCUGAUUGCGGAGGCCUAUGAUGUUCUGAAAUCAGUUGGGAAGCUCUCUAAUGAUGAACUUCAUCAGGUUUUCUCAGAAUGGAACCAGGGGGAGCUUCUUAGCUUUUUGAUUGAGAUCACAGCAGAUAUAUUCAGAAUUAAAGAUGAUAAGGGUAAUGGGUAUCUAGUAGACAAGGUUCUUGACAAAACUGGUAUGAAGGGAACUGGCAAAUGGACUGUUCAGCAAGCUGCGGAGUUGUCAAUUGCAGCACCAACAAUUGCUUCAUCAUUAGAUUCAAGAUUCCUUAGUGGGUUAAAGGAAGAAAGGGUUCAAGCUGCCAAGGUUUUCAAAUCUAUUGGGGUCAGUGACAUCCUUACUGAUCGAGAUGUAGAUAAGAAAAAGUUGAUCGAUGAUGUAAGACAAGCACUUUAUGCAUCCAAAAUAUGUAGUUAUGCCCAAGGAAUGAAUUUAAUCCGUGCAAAGAGCAUCGAGAAAGGAUGGGACUUGAAACUAGGAGAGCUUGCCAGAAUUUGGAAGGGCGGGUGCAUUAUCCGGGCUGUAUUUUUAGAUCGUAUCAAGAAAGCUUACGACAGAAACCCUGAGCUUGCAAAUUUGCUUGUGGAUCCAGAGUUUGCAAAGGAAGUAAUUGAUCGACAGCCGGCUUGGCGAAGAGUUGUCUGCCUUGCUAUUAAAUCAGGCAUCAGCACCCCUGGUAUGUCUUCAAGCCUUGCUUAUUUUGACACAUACAGAAGGGAAAGACUGCCUGCUAAUUUGGUCCAAGCUCAAAGGGAUUACUUUGGUGCUCAUACAUAUGAGAGGACCGAUAUGCCUGGCUCCUUCCAUACAGAGUGGUUCAAGAUUGCAAAACAAUCAAAGAUUUAG